UGAAAAGAUCGCUGGAUGUUUGUUGAUUUUUUUUUAAAGGACUUUUCGAUCAAUUCUUUAGAAUCGCCUGACGAGACAUCUGUAGAGCAUGAAUCUGAAGAUGAUCUAAGUGCCUCAAGGACUUCUCUUGAGAGACAAUCACCCCAUCGUGGCAAUACCACAAUGCACGUUUGCUGGCACAGAAAUACUAGUGUUUCAAUGGUGGAUUAUAGCAUUGCUGUGGAGAAUCAGCUCUCUGGAAACCUGUUGAGGAAAUUCAAAAACAGCAACGGCUGGCAAAAGCUUUGGGUGGUUUUUACCAAUUUCUGCCUCUUUUUCUACAAAUCGCAUCAGGACAAUCAUCCACUAGCAAGCUUGCCAUUGCUGGGCUAUUCCGUCACCAUUCCUGCAGAGUCUGACAAUAUCCACAAGGACUAUGUCUUCAAGUUACAGUUCAAGUCGCACGUAUAUUUCUUCAGGGCUGAAAGCGAAUAUACAUUUGAAAGAUGGAUGGAAGUGAUAAGAAGUGCUACCAGUUCAGCCACCCGUACUCGCCUUUUAAGCCGCAAGGAAUCUCAUGCCUACUGAUCACAAGGGGAGGAAGCCCUUUUUAAACCAGAUUCAGUCAUCACACAGCUUUUUGAGCGGAAUCCUUUCUGAAAAGCUUAUUGAAUAACUAAACCACCAUGCCAAUAUUGCAAUUCAAUCUAUUUUAGGAUUACAAAAAUAAAUCAAAAUGUGCAUUUUUUUUUUCUGCUGCCCCUGCCCAGCAAACCUCACUUUAUUCCAAAAUGGGGCCAAAAAUAUGUUCUGCCCAGAGUUAACUGAGUUUAUGUAUCACCAAUAUUGUGUAAAGCUUAGACCUGAACAGGAGAAUUUGAAAAAAAUGCAUAUCUAAUUCAACCCUGGGAUUUCAGUUUUCUGAAAAUCUAAUGCAAGCAUAAACCAUAUUUGACAAACUAAUCACUGGUACUGUAUGCAUUUUAAAGGAUUCAACUGUAUUGUAGGUGUGGCACUAAUGUUUUGAAUUGAUUGUGAUUUACAAUUCUUUAGUCUAAGACAAUUUAGGUACUGAUUAAUACAGACUUUGACAAUCAAUACCGUUGCUUUGGAAUAAGUUUAUCUUUGUCAUCGCUUUGAUUCAAAGAAUCUCUCAACUUUACAAAAGCCCAAGGUGUUACACACACAAAUGACUUGAAUUACUCCAGACACUCCACUGAAGAUAAUUUUUCUGACAAUGUGAAAUUGUUGCCAUAUCUUCGGGUUCAGUUCCAAUCCGAUUCUUGCAAACGAAAAUUAAACCUGGCUAAAAGAAGCUGGGUAGCCAUUUGUAAAAUUCUACAAUUUUCACUUACUAAAUUCCUGUUAUCACAAGUUGGACUUUUGAGAACAAAUUAUCCCAUUAUUACCAAAAGUAUACAUACAUUCAUGGUAGAGAUUACAACCGAGUAAUCUAAUAUACCUUGGAAUCCAGACUCUUAAAUAUCCCCUAGUCCUGUUAUUUAUACUCUAUCCAUUCAACCACAUGGGAUAACUGAUAUGAUAUUCUGAAGCAUUCCACCUAGUUUUAUGAUUUCAGUGCACUGGGAACAAUAGCUAACCCUUCAAUUGGGUAACAGCAUAUCAUUGAGUACUCUUGCCCCUUUGCCACCACACAUCCAACUACCCCAGCCCCCAGCCAGAAAACAACUAUAGUGUGGAAAGUGGAACAGGAUCCAAGUUGAACCAACAGUGCUCCAAGCAUAGAGCCACCAACUUGUUCAUGUUUGGUCUGGGGCAGAAUUUGACUUGCCUCAACUCUCAUAUUUCAGAAGUAAAUUUCUUAUGUGAAAUAAAAUUAAAUAUCUAACCUUGUGAAAGCCAGUACUGAAUGAUGAAUUUGACAUGUUGGAACUUUUUUUUAAAUAAAUAUCUAAUAGGUACUUCUUUUGCGACAAAGACUCCAUCAGGUAGGACUGCACUAAGUGAAAUUAGCACAAAAGUGCAAAAUAAUUAAAGCAGCAGAUAAGGGAAUUGGAGAUGGUUACAUCAAUAUGUUUGUGUUAAGACCACGAAGUGCAAUGCCACCAUUAAUGCCUACAACUGUUCCUGUUUUAGCAUAUUAUUGAUAACUUUUUUUAAAAAUGGCCUGAACCAUUUCAAUAAACAUUAUAACUGACAA